CUAAAAACAGAGCUCGUCAUGAAAUUCACACUUUUUGCCUUAUUGGCUGUACUGUGCCUGGUAUCUGUGAGAGCCAAUGUUGAAAUAACCGCUCCCAUCGAAGAGGUCGAUUUUGAAUAUAUUGCCAAAAAUGUGGCCGAAGAUGUUGUCGAUAUUGAUACUCAGGUUUCAUGGUUCGGAAUUUACUUUGUCAUCCACAAGGCCUUAACCACAUUGAAGGGUGUCAACUGCACCAUCAAAGAGGUUUAUGCCAUUAAAGCUGCUGCUCAAAACUUCGUCGCUGACGUUCAAGCCUGUGGCGGUGAGGUGUCCAAGAAACUUCAACAACUGAUUGAUACCUGCAAUGACAUUAUAUCGACCUCUAAUGACAUCAUUCAUUUGAAUGAAAAUAUCUGUGGCAAUUCUGCGGAUCAGGAUACAUCAGCAGUCUCUCCUCAAAAGACUACAACCCCAUGGAAGUGCUUCUGGAAGCUGUUGUCCAAAACAUUGCAAUUGAAGGGUCAAGUAAAGAAAGCCAUUCGCUUGAUUAGGCAAAUACCUUCGGUGCCUGGAGAUGCUGGUACCUGUGUGAAUAAUGCCCUGGAUACUCUAAGUAGUGCUUUCAAUCAGUUUCCAUCGAAUGUAAAAACUUGCUCGAAAUUGACCAAGAAUUAAAGACCGGGUUGAAAUCCAUUUAUUAUCAUCUGAUCAUUUAUA